AUGGUAUCCUCUCAAGUUCUUCCUCCGUUGGCGCCCUUUCCCCCUCCUUCACUUCGCUCACACCUCAGUCAGCAAGACUGGGAUGCUCUACUCGAUGCAUGGGACAGAUCGACACGGACAUAUUGUGUUCAGGCCGAUGACAUUAUUUCGCAGGCCGACAGCUUAACUCUCUUCUUGGCGUCAUUCGUUCAAGAAGUUGCGCAGACAAGCCCUUCCUUCAUAUUAGGUGCCUCACAGACGACAAAAUCACUCCUCAACUCAACACUCAACCUCUUUGCCAGGCGAAUAGCUGUUAAUGCACCGCCGGAGCUUACGAGAUGGCAAGUUCUCGCCGAUGCUUCCAAGCUUUACACCAAAGCUCACAUUUCGGUCUCACUUUCAAUGCUCUUCUCGACACAGCCCGCUGUCCUAGAAACGAGCCUCUCGCCCCUGAAGAAAUCCCUUAUCACGCAAUUAGAUGCGGGCUUCAAAACCGACAUCGUGGCCCUGGAGAGAACACUCACGAGACUGAAUCAUUUAAUACACGCUUCACGUGAUGUGGCCGCCUUCAUCCUGGCAGGUAGCGAUCUCUUAGAUGGUCUCGUCACGAGAUACAAGAUUAUGAAUCCACCGCUCAGGAAAGUCAUCAUCGCAACGACAUACCUUUGUUUGGUUGGACUUACGGAAGACGGCAACUCCAGAAACACAGAAAGCAUAGAAACUGGGAGUAACGGAAACGGCAAAGCACGAUGGGGCAUGCUCGCAGAUUCUCUAUUCGAACUCAUAUCUAUCGCCGAGGCGCAUCGCUCCGGGCCUCUCAACGUCAAUGAUUCUCUGGUCGCCGAGAUUGUCAGCGCGACGCCUUUGCUAUCCAUCCUUUUGCGACGCGCAGAAGAUGCUGGCACGUUAUCACCUACAUUGAAAGCUAGACUUGAGACUCUGCAGGGCUUCAAGAAGGCAGGUGUUGGCCCCUCGCGUCCACGAGCCAAGAGAAGAAGACAGAAGGUUGAUAAGGGGAAGGGCCUUGCGGAAGGCGAUGCUGGUAUGGAGAUGCACAUUCACAGCAUGAGCCAAAUCGCAGUAAUCCAGGAUCUUUUUCCUGAUCUUGGAUCCGGCUUUGUAGCCAAAUUGCUUGACGAGUUCGGCGAGGAUCCCGAAACAGUCAUAGCUAAGCUUCUCGAAGACGAUCUGCCACCAGCAUUGGCGGCUGCGGACCGUGCCGAGCUUUUAUCUUCCCAAUCUACCAUCGAAUCACUUCCAGAGAAUACUAUGGCCCCGCGCUCAGCGCCAACCCCGUCACAAAACCUUCCUCAGCGCCGGAAUAUAUUCGACGAUGACGAGCUCACCAGCGAGAUGACAAAUCUUCACUUCGGCAAGCGUAAUCCAGCAAAGACUGCUGACGACGUCUUAGCCGACCGCAAAACAGCACCCAACAAGGCAGCUAUCAUGUCCGCCCUCGCAGCUUUCGACUCGGACGACGACGAGCGCGAUGAUACGUACGACGCCGAUGAUGUGGGCGGCGCAGUAGACACAGCUGCUGGCGGGGAGGACGAGGUUGACGGUAACGCCAAUGAAGAGACACUCUUCCGCGGUUGGCAAGCUGAUUCCAAAGUCUUUGACCGCGACGCAGGCACGAGACGAAGUGACCCUCGCGGCAAACUGCGGGAAAUUACGGGAAUGACGGACGAAGCUAUCGAGGGCUGGGCUGUCAUGCUGGGUCGAAACCCACGGUUAAAACGACGCCUGGAAAUCAAAUAUAACACGUUUACCGGCAUCCAGACGGAGUUGGCAAGCACAUCUUGGAGGGGAAGAGGAGAAGAUUCGGGAACAGAUCCUGGGGUUCCAUCAUCUUUUCGGGGUGGUAGAGGCGGCGGCUCAGAUAGGGGACGAGGAAGGGGCGGUGGCGGUGGCGGCCGCAAUGUCGCUGGUCCGGCAAGUGAUAAAGAUACAGAAGCGGCGCGGCGUAGGAAAGAAGCGAACAAGGGGUCCAAGGCGAAUCACAAUCGCCGGGAUCAGAGAGCAAAGAAGAUGGCGAGGGGUGGCUUCCCUGGCUGA